AUGAAAAGGAGUAGAUUGACGAAAGAAGAGAAUGACGCGCGAAUUCGGGGCUAUGGAGUUCGUCUUUUACCUGUUGAAAACGUCAAUGAUGUUAUUGAAGAAGAAACUGUAGAUAAUAAAAAACUUGAAGGGGAAUUCGCGGGAAAUUUUGCGGACGCUGGAUAUGACGACUGUAUUCUUGAUCGUCUGUUCACGGAAGGGUGCGACUAUAACGGAACUGACGUGACCAUGGAAAUGCUGCCAAAAGAUAAUGUUUUCAGUGUUUAUCAGGAAUGGAAUAAUGAUGAAGGAAGAAAAAAGAGGAUGAAUGCAAUUCAACGAGUUGUCAACAUGCUCGCGCCAUACAGGAUGUCGAGAUCGGCAGUGAAGACAAUUUGUGAUGUUGCGGCUGUUAUAAUCGAAAACAAUUUAACGGAACGCGACAUCUACGCAUUCCAGGAAAAACUGAUCGAAGAUUAUUGCCAACCAAUAUCAACAACGUUCUGUACGUCCUGUUUAGGAGAAAUUCCCAGUGUCAGAAUUUCUUGUUCGAAUCAACAAUGCAGUAAUUAUCAGUGCAAGCCAGUGAAAGGUACGAUUACGGAACCUAUUAGGCUUGUGACAUUCUCAAUUCACAAUCAAUUGGCAAGAAUAUUGUCAAAGCAAAUUGGAGAAAUCGUCAAAACGCAUGAAUAUCACCAUCACAUUCAGAACUUCACCACUGCUUAUACAAUACGAAGGGGUCAAAUAUUCCGUCAUGGUCGGGCCAGCUGUAUCAUUUUUGGAUCUCAAGGCAAGCUUGUCUUGAUCUGUGGUCUUCCGAAUUGGGCAAGUACACAGGGAUGCGCACUUUGCACGAUCAUUGGUUCGAAAUCGGGUCGGCAAGCGGUUUCUUUUUUUUCCGACAUUCAAUACCCUUCAAGAACUGCGAAUGAUGUAAUGAAUAUGAUGAGAGCUAGCGGAAAAUUAAACAUUCUGUCAAUUCUUGCCAGCCCAUCAAAUCAACCGUUCGAUGAACUUCAUUACCUUUCCGAAGGUGAUGCCACAUCCCUUACAAAUUUUGCGACAGAACAGAUAUUUGACGAUAUCAACGACAAUAGGAACACUGAAUUGGCCGGAAACAUGGUCUUUAUGGAGACAUGUGAAGACGAUUAUCUUCAUCGGUCUGGUGUCUAUCAAGCUAACGAUUCUCAUUAUGAAGAUGAAAGGAACUUAAGCCGUAAACAAGACAAAUCGGCAAAUUCGUUGACAUCUUAUAAUGAUACUGUUAAAAUUAGAGGAGGAGAAAGAUUGAGUGCAGCGGAGUACGACUACUAUAAGGGAAUUGAUUUGGAAUUGGCGAUAUUGAAUAACAUUCGCUCAUGUUUUAUUAGAAAAGAAUUGGAUAUUGGAAAAGCCGGGCUUGUACUGUUGAAGUACCAAGAAAUGGGACUGAUAGGAAGAGAUGCUAUACAUCUGUGUGUAAAUUCAAUUUCGAAGGUCGACUACGAACCAUUAUGGUGCGUCUCAGAACUCGGCACACUUUCGGCUAGAGUUUUCCAAUUAGGAAGUCUUUUUCAUAUUCGGGUCGAAACCGCCAGAAAUGGAAUUAAGGAAAAGAAAAAAGUUUUUGAACCAGCGUUUGUGCCAAAAUUCCAAUUUGUCACAAUGAAGUUUAAUGGCAAGCCCCCGUUCAAAAACGAAACAAUAAUUGAUCUUCGAGAUAUAACCAUGGAAAAGAGUUCAAUUCAAAGACAAAUCGAUUUUAUGUGUUUAUCGUUCGGAUUUCCUAAGAAUCUUCGAUAUCCUUCCUACUCAUAUGAAGAUCUGAGAGCUGAGAAUCUGAACUUGGCUGCUAAAAUUGGAAGAACCGAGGAAGAAGGGAGACAGAACUUUGGCAAGCUUAUUGAAGAUGUCAAUGAUUUCGUUCGGCUUGUUAAAGAUAAACUGCAAAGACUCUUGUAA